AUGGAGAUCGAUCAUGAGAUGAAGAUGGUUUGUGAAUGUUAUUACAUUCCUAAAGAUGAAAUUAUAGGAGAAGAUGCUCACUUCGUCUGCGAAGACAAGCAGAUCAUCGGAGUGGCGGACGGAAUCGGUGGCUGGGCUAAAAGAGGCAUCGACGCAGGCGAGUACGCUCGCCAACUCAUGAACCGCUGCAUAAACGCCAUCGUCGACAAUGAUAUCACUCAUCCCAGACAGAUUCUCGAAGAAGCUUUCAUGGCCAACGCUAAGGCCAACAUUCAAGGCUCCUCCACCGCCUGCAUCCUCCGUCUCAACAACGGCGUUUUGCAUGCGGUCAAUGUUGGGGACAGCGGAUUCAUGCUGUUCAGGAACAACAAGUUUAUCUACCGGUCGCCGACUCAGCAGUGGAGAUUCAACGCGCCCUAUCAGCUGGGCAACUCUAGGGACACCCCUGAGUGCGCCGUGGAAGUGAAGAUCGCGGUGAUACCAGGAGAUAUUAUCAUUUUGGGAACCGAUGGACUUUUCGAUAACAUGUUUGUUUCGGACAUAGAAGAGGUUUUGAGGACACCUCCCAAUCUCAGUGAUGCUUUUUGGCUGGCCGAAUAUUCUCGUCAUUACUCUUUAAAGAAGGAUCGAAAGAGUCCUUUUUCUGAAGCAGCCACAAAGGCCGGGCAGCCCUGCACUGGAGGGAAAUUUGAUGAUAUUACUGUUAUUGUUGCUAGAAUUGUUAGUCAAUGA